CUCCGCCAAUCACCACUUGAGGCCAGCCCGGCUCAGCGCCGGAAGGAGCUGUUGCCCCGAGCAACUGCAACUUCCGGCUUUCGGAGUUUUUGUGGCGGUAAAGGACAUGAGUAAAGGCCGGGCGGAAGCCGUGACGGGAGCCUCCGGGAUCCUGCUGAGGUACCUACAGGAACAGAACCGGCCCUACAGCGCCCAGGACGUGUUCGGGAACCUGCAGCGGGAACACGGACUGGGCAAGGCGGCGGUGGUGAAGGCGCUGGACCAGCUGGCCCAACAAGGCAAGAUCAAAGAGAAGAUGUACGGCAAGCAGAAAAUAUACUUUGCUGACCAGGAACAAUUUGACAUGGUCAGUGAUGCUGACCUCCAAGUCCUGGAUGCCAAAAUCGUGGCCCUCACUGCUAAGGUGCAGAGAUUGCAGCAGGGCUGCCGCCACAUGGAGGCUGAGCUGAAGGAGUUAGCUAGUGCCCUGACCACACCGGAGAUGCAGAAAGAGAUCCAGGAGUUAAAGAAGGAAUGUGCUGGCUACACAGAGAGACUGAAGAACAUCAAAGAGGCCACCAACCACGUGACUCCAGAAGAGAAAGAGCAGGUGUACAGAGAGAGGCAGAGGUACUGCAAGGAGUGGAGGAAGCGCAAGAGGAUGGCAACAGAGCUGUCUGAUGCAAUCCUUGAAGGAUACCCCAAGAGCAAGAAGCAGUUUUUUGAGGAAGUUGGGAUAGAGACAGAUGAAGAUUACAACCUCAAGCUCCCAGAUCCCUGAAGCCCUCCGGCAGGCCUGGGAACACAGAUGUCCUGGACUGGCUGCCUUGUUUAGGUCAGCUUUUUUGUUGUUCCUGCUGCUGUCCGCUUUUGGGCACACACCAAAGUACUGGGUGGAGCACUGGUGGCCCAGAGAGGAUGGUUUCACACAUUUCGUCAUCCACGUUUUGACUGCCUGAACUUAACAGUUAGAUGGGGAACAAUGCAAAAGGAAAGCAUUUGGCAAUAUUUAUUGUAAUAUAAUUUGAUAUAAAAAUAUUUAAUUUCCUCUGGAUAAUCAAACCUCCCAGAUAUCAAACCUGAGGAUGGCAAAAGAGAGCUUGGGGGACAAGGGCAGGGAGAGGCUACUAUGCACAGCAUUUAAGGAGCCCAGGGCCUCACCCAGGACUCUCCUGGGCUCUACACUCCAGGAGACCUUUAGAAAAUCUUCUCUACCCACCUUCACCCCACCCUAAGUCCUGGGAGAAAUGCAGGCAGCACUGAGAUGGUGGAGACCCAGAUACACUUGACAGAAAGCCUGGGAGUGGUCUUGAGACCAGUUUUCCAAAAUUGUAACUUUAGCAAAAUUGCAUUGUUGGUGUUUAGAAAAAUUAAAAAAUUUAACAUGUA